GUGCAAAAAAGCUGGCCAACAAGGCGGCGCUGUGGUACGUCCCCUGCUCUCUGCAGAAUGUUGACAAGAUCACAGAGGUGCCUCCUAUUAAGUACGCUAGUGCAGAGCAGGAAGAGGAAGGCAGGAAGCGCUAUGAAGCACAGAAAGUCGAGAGACUGGAGACCAAAGCGAGGGUUGAGGAGGCGAUACCACCUCCACCAAACCCAGAGGAUGCACCGAAAGAAAGAUACACAGUUGGCUUCAGCCAGUCCAGCCUGAUCCAUCUGGUGGGGCCCUCAGACUGCACACUGGAUGACUUUGUCUACGGGGGUGUGACCAUGAAGCUGAUGGAUGAGGUGGCUGGGAUUGUGGCCGCUCGGCACUGCAACACAAACAUCGUCACUGCUUCUGUGGACGCCAUCAAUUUUCAUCGCAAGAUUAAGAAAGGUUGCGUGGUGACGGUGACGGGCCGGCUCACGUUUGUCAGCAACAGGUCCAUGGAAAUAGAAGUGCUGGUGGAUGCCGAUCCGCUGGUGGAAAAGGAGAAAGGGAAAUAUCGUGCUGUCUCAGCGUUCUUCACCUUCAUCUCGCUUGACAAGGAGAAUAAGCCACUAAAUGUCCCGCCUCUAAAGAUUGAAGGAGAGGAGGAGCAGAGACGUUUCGAAGAGGGCAAGGCACGUUACCUCCAGAGCAAGGCGAAGAGACUUGCAGAAAAGGAGCGCCAGCAGUGACCCUGUGGCUCCACCGACUCAAACAGCUGAAACCGUUUUAUUUAUCCCGCACAGUAUAUACGCAGCACCAAGGCGUUUAUGCCUCUCUCUUAUUGUAGCCUGUCAAACCGCAUUCUGUGACCCUGUUUUUCCAGCAGCGCUACUCACCAAAGUAUUCUUGUAAACAUCUGUGCAAUAUCGAUGUAAAAGUAAUGGCACUUUUUUUUUUUUGAGUUAAGGGAGAGUUUUAUUACCGUACUGUAUGUAAAAGUAUUCCUUAUCACCGUUGGUGUUAACUAAUAGUGACAUUGUAGAAAUACUGUGUUGCUUUGCAGGAAUAUCUCUAACUAUACUGAUUUGCCUUUGAUGUCAGCGCAGAGUGAUACUGAGAGUGCAAGGGAAAUGAUGAAUAAGUGAGUGAAUAAUAAUAAAUUAAAGAGCCAUGCGCGAGUCGGAGGCUCUUUCACCGUGUC